GGGAGAAAAAGAAAAAUAUUUAAAUUGUGACGAAAUCUUAACUCGGUUCUCUUGGUUACAAACUUCUCCCUGUCUGGUGCUGCAACAAUGAGUGGAAAAUCCCUUCUCUUAAAGGUCAUUCUCUUGGGUGAUGGUGGAGUUGGGAAAAGUUCACUUAUGAACCGUUAUGUAACCAAUAAGUUUGAUUCCCAGGCUUUUCACACUAUAGGGGUAGAAUUCUUGAAUCGCGAUCUGGAGGUAGAUGGACGCUUUGUAACUCUCCAGAUCUGGGACACUGCAGGACAGGAGCGUUUCAAGAGCCUUAGGACACCCUUCUACAGGGGGGCAGACUGCUGCCUCUUGACCUUCAGUGUGGAUGACCGACAGAGCUUUGAGAACCUUGGUAACUGGCAAAAAGAAUUCAUCUACUAUGCAGAUGUGAAGGACCCUGAACACUUUCCCUUUGUAGUUUUGGGUAACAAGGUAGACAAAGAGGAUAGGCAAGUGACUACUGAGGAGGCACAAGCCUGGUGCAUGGAAAAUGGGGAUUAUCCUUAUCUAGAAACAAGUGCCAAAGACGAUACUAAUGUGACCGUGGCCUUUGAAGAAGCUGUCAGGCAGGUGUUGGCUGUCGAGGAACAGCUGGAGCAUUGCAUGUUAGGUCACACCAUUGACUUGAACAGUGGUUCCAAAGCAGGAUCUUCAUGCUGUUAAA